GAUCCACAAUAAUAUUAUUGUGAAUCAGGUUUUUUCCCCUUACUGGUACCAGUAACAUGAAUUUUCUGCACAGUGUUUAUUUAUUUAUUUAAAACAACUUCUCAAAAAUUCCCUUAUUUUUUUACCCAGAAAUUCCCAAAAUACCCAUUACUUACCCCAAAAUUACAAAAAUUAUAUCGUUAUACAAUCCCUCAACAGAACAAGUCUUUAGAAAGCAGCAAUGGAGGAACAGGAAAAAGCUUUCAAAAAACAAAAAGAGAUCAACGAAGAAGAACAACAAGAAAGAGAAAUUGCAACUGAAACAACGCAGCAGCAGGCGACAGAACUCAAACAGCAAGAGUUAUGGAGUUGGGGAGCAGGAACAGAAGGACAACUUGGAACUGGAAAUUUAAAAGACGAACUUACCCCUCAACUUCUCAUCAACCUCUCCAAUCCUCUCUCUUCUUUUGGUCAAAUCUCUCUCCUUUCUUGCGGUGGUGCCCAUGUCAUUGCCAUCACUUCUGGUGGGAAGGUCCUGAGUUGGGGUAGAGGAGCAUCUGGGCAAUUGGGACUUGGUCAGAUUAUGCCUAAUUCCUUGUACCCUAAGCUUGUGGAUUCAUUGACAAAUUUCAACAUUUCCCAUGUUUCUGCUGGUUGGAAUCACUCUGGUUUUGUUUCAGAUUCUGGACGCCUCUUCACUUGUGGGGAUGGCUCGUUUGGUCAACUGGGCCAUGGUGAUUAUCAGUCCUGCAGUUCCCCGAUGGAAGUUUCAUUUUUCAACUCUAAGCAUGUAGAGCAGAUAGCCUGUGGCAUGCGACAUUCAUUGGUACUAUUAAAAGGUAAUUUGGGAGACAAAGUAUAUGGAUUUGGAUCCGGCAAGCGCGGUCAAUUGGGUGUUUCUGAAGAUAAAAUAAAAUCGGUGAGUUUUCCCAAGACGUGUUCUGGAUUGGAACAUGCUGAAGUGGUGGCCAUUCUUGCAAAUGGAGAUCAAAGUGCUGCAUUGUCAGGCAGUGGUCGUCUGUACACAUGGGGAAGAAGUUUUAGUAGCAGUUCAAAUGUUUGUAUCCCUCAGUCUGUGUGUUCAUCUUUGAGCUUCGAGCAAGCUGCUCUUGGUUGGAAUCAUGCCUUGGUAUUAACAAGUGAAGGGGAAGUCUUUAUGCUUGGAGGCAGUCACCAUGGAGUGCUCAGCGAACCUCAAAAAAUGACUCACCUUCAUAAUUCAUCUGGUGAACCCACUCUGUCAAAAGUAACCGGUCUAGAUGGGAAGAAAGUUGCGCAAAUUGCAGCUGGAGCUGAGCAUUCAGCUAUACUAACAGAUGAUGGACAAUUAUACACUUGGGGUUGGGGUGAACAUGGUCAGCUUGGUUUGGGAAGUACUAGUGAUCACACUGUCCCCCAGCUUGUUCUAUUAAAAGAAAACAGCCUCAUAUCGAGGGUUUAUUGUGGAAGUGGGUUCACGUUCGCUUUGAAUAUUUAGACUUGUAGAACUCAGUGAUUUAAUAGUCAUAGUACACAGAUUACCGAUACCAAUGUAGUCUAGAGAUCUUUCUUUACCCACUGCAAUGACGGAAGAUGAUCCUUUGGUAAACAACCCUGAAUUACGAUGGAUGAUAAAGCCCAUUUAUACUUAACAGGAAGCACGUGUGAAAAAAUAAUGUAUUCGGCAAUCAAGGGCUAUUUAUUUGUUACUUCGUACUAUGGAGGCAACCUGAUUUCAUCAGGAUCUAGGUGUUGUUUGAUCUACUUUUUGACUCGUUUGAGGUUCUUGAGAAGUAGACUUGAUGUUCAGCUAACGACAACAGAGGACGUACAACUUCCUAUGAAGUUUAUAAUGUACACAGGCAACGGAAGGUGAUACUUCCUACUUUUCUAGUCUAUAAAACCAAAAGUUGUUCUUGAGGAGUAGAUUUUGGCGUUGCUCAGUUAACUAAAACUAUGUGCUCAUUGCAAGGAGUUUAUAACUUUAUCGGAGGUAACACUUCCUACAGGCUACAUGUAACCUCCACCAAAUUAAGUAUGUGAAAUUUGGUUCUAGAAGUGUCUUGAGUUAUGUGGCCUUGUUUUCCCAUGAUCAUCAUUUGCUCGCGAACCAUAUGUAUUAACGAGAUUUCUAUUAUUGGAAGUUAAAUCAUAUUUUUU